AUGGGCCUCAAUCACUUAACUGCCGUUGCAUCGGCCUUACUCACAAUCCAGCUCGACUCCAGUGUAGCUGACGUUGUAUCCUUCGAUUGGCGUGUUACAAAUAUCUACACCGAAUACGACGGUGUCUUCAUUAACUCCAUUGGAAUUAACGACAAGCCUGCUGACCAAGCCGUUAUUGAUGUCGAGUUGGGCCAAGAAGUUGAGGUUCGUGUCACAAACGAACUCACUGAUCCAACAUGUUUGCAUUGGCACGGAAUGAAGCAACUUGGUACCCAAGAAAUGGAUGGAACAUCCGAGAUUACCCAAUGCCACAUUCCUACAAAUGCAACGGCAGUCUAUCACUUCACACCGGACAAAGCGGGUUCAUUUUGGUGGCACAGCCACCACUUGGCACAAUAUGCCUUUGGAUUGCGAGGUCCUAUGGUUGUUCGCGCUCCUAGAAACCAAAUGAAGGACUGGGAAAAGGACAUUUACGGCGAGUACAUCAUUCAACUUGCAGAUAUGUACCAUCGACGACCGGUUGCUGUCCCAAUUUAUAACUCCAUCCUGAUUAACAACCGAGGUCGAUACAAUUGCACGGCUGCUGCUAAACAGAAUUUUACAGAUUGCACUGAUGUUCAACCUCUUCCAAAAUUCCACUUUGAGCCGGGAAAAAAGUACCGUCUGCGCCUCAUUAGUAUGGUCGCUUUGGCUCCGAUCGACUUCAGCAUUGACGAGCACAAAUUCCGAGUUGUUGCUGCUGACGCUGACUACGUCAAGCCAUCAAAAAGUUUGAACUCGAUUAUGAUCAACGCCGGUCAGCGGUACGAUAUCAUUGUUAAAGCGAAAUCUGAUAAGGAUCGAAGAAACAAUAAAUCCUACUGGAUGCGAGCAAAAGGCCGUCACGGUACUCCUUGGACAGCAGGAACCGCUGAAAUGGCUGGUGAGGGCUUUAAUGAUGAAGGUCUUGCUAUCGUUUCCUAUGAAGAUGAUGAAGCCGAACCGACGACCAGCAAGCAUGAUAAAAUAAAGACUAUGCCUGAGUUUGACUACAAGCCAGAAAUAGUAGUUCAGCUUCCCGAAGUACCCGACCACCGUUCAAUAAUACAAUUUCAGAUGCAAAAUGGACUUGGAUGGUUUGAAGACCGAGCAACUUCCUGUCGACGCCAAUGCUAUAAAAAUCGACUAUGGCAAACAUAUUGA